CGACAACACCAGCCCAUCCAUCGACAUUCAUCACAUACUCAUCUCAAUCUCAUCCACCACUUCCAAACAACACCCAAAUCUUCCAAAAUGGCACCCAAGGCGCAAAAGACCCCAACCACCGCCGGCAAGGCACCAGCUGGCAAGGCUCCCGCAGAGAAGAAGGAGGCUGGCAAGAAGACCGCCGCCGCCACUGGUGACAAGAAGAAGCGCACCAAGACCCGCAAGGAGACCUACUCCUCGUACAUCUACAAGGUCCUCAAGCAGGUCCACCCUGACACUGGUAUCUCCAACCGCGCCAUGUCCAUCCUGAACUCCUUCGUCAACGACAUCUUCGAGCGCGUCGCAACCGAGGCAUCCAAGCUCGCCGCAUACAACAAGAAGUCCACGAUCUCCUCGCGCGAAAUCCAGACCUCCGUCCGACUCAUCCUCCCCGGUGAGCUCGCCAAGCACGCCGUCUCUGAGGGCACCAAAGCCGUCACCAAGUACUCCUCCUCCACCAAAUAGAGGAUCGACAACUACUCGGUCUGGAACACAUGAAGGAUGAAAGGUGGCGUUUGUUUGAACAAGGGUGCUUGGAUGCGCCCUUUCUGGGCUCAGCAUGAAGGUGGCCGGGCGUUUUCGAUAAUGCGAUCAUGGGAUGGGUUUGCUUUUUUUUCUCGAGUUAUUUCCACACAACAACAUUGCUGCGCUCACAAUACCAUCGUCGCCCGCUGCAGGAGGCGGCGCGCGCGAAGUGAGCUUCACAUGAGGGCUGUACAGUAGUAGCAGCAGAGCAGUGGAUGGAUGGGAAG